AUGUCGACUGAAAUAUUGGAAAGUUCGGAGCUCGUAACCGUGGAUGCUUCUAAUGCUGGUUCCGUGUUCCAAAAGGAUGCCAUUUGUAAAGAUGCGAAUGGAAACAUGGUGCUGUUCUGUGAGGAAGCGUCCUCCAAUGGCAUCAACUGCUCGCAGGGUUAUUUGCAAGCUUACACCUCACUUGCCCUGGACACGUUCCGUGGGCCUAAGUUUUACUGCUUCCAAUGUCAAUACUCGCUGAACACGCUGCUCAGCAUGACCACGCACAUGAAAAUGCACCUUAAACCGUUCUGUCCCAUCUGCUUCCAAAUAUUUGCUCACGAAAGUGAAGUGAAUGCUCACACUGCUGGAAUACACCCAACGCUGUUUUCAAACGCUGAUCUCAACCCGUAUGCACGUUCGGGCGAAGAAGACCCCUGCUUUACAACGGAAGCUCCUCCUAACUCGCCCACAAAUGAGUACCAAGGACGGAUGGAUUUGCAGACCGGAUUUCGGGACCUAAACAAUCGGUCGAUUCCUUUUUUGGUUGCACAAAAAUUGCGCAAACAUCAGGAAAAGUUGAAUCGCACCCUACGAUCUGCGACACAAAAGCUGAAGGCUCGUCGUGCCGUAUCAGUCGAUGGAACAGAAUUCCUGGGAGCUGCGCAAGCGCGCAAUACGAUUGGUAAAGCUCGACUUGCUAGAAAGAUGCACAAAAUCACUAAACCCAAGCAGUCCACAUCGACGGUAACUAAGGGUGGUGAAGAAUCGGCUGAUAAUUCACUGCGACGGCUUACAUCUCGCUUUGGACGUGUUAUUAAUCUUAAGGUGCCGCAGUUUUAAGAUGGC